AAAGAGGACUGUAAAAAAUCUCUAGAGAGAGAGAGAGCAAGAGAGAGAGAGAGGUAGGGUUUGUGAGUGAGAAGAAAAAAUGGCUGAGGAGAGUGAGCAACAGAGGAUGAAGGGGUGCGUGAAGUGGUUCAGUGACCAGAAGGGUUUCGGCUUCAUAACCCCCGACGACGGCAGCGAGGAUCUGUUUGUUCACCAGUCCGGUAUCAGAUCUGAGGGUUUCCGCAGCCUCGCGGAAGGGGAGGCCGUGGAGUUCGAGGUUUCGUCCGGCGACGACGGCCGUACCAAGGCCGUUAACGUUACGGGCCCUGAUGGAGCCCCCGUUCGCGGCGGCGGAGGCGGGGGAGGCGGCGGCGGUGGCCGUAGCGGCGGUGGAGGCGGUUAUGGCUUUAACAGCGGAAGCAGGAGCGGCGGUGGCCGUUCCGGAGGCUACGGAGGCGGCGGCGGUGGCUACGGAGGCGGAGGCUACGGCGGCGGUGGCUAUGGAGGCGGAGGCGGCGGAUACGGAGGCGGUGGUUACGGUGGAGGAGGCGGCGGAGGCGGCCGCGGUGGAGGCUGUUUCAAAUGUGGCGAGGAAGGUCACUUUGCUAGGGAGUGCACGCAGAGCGGAGGCGGAGGAGGCGGCGGUGGCCGUUACGGAGGAGGCGGCGGCGGAGGCGGAGGAGGUUGCUUCAGCUGUGGGGAGGAUGGGCACUUUGCUCGUGACUGCCCAAACAGCAAUCGCUAAACUAUUUACCCAACAACAACCAACCCAGAGGGGGGAAAAUGUGGACCUAUCACAUUUCAUUCCUCUGUUCUAUGCCUUUCAUUUUGUUUUUGUGAACUGGGUGAUGUUAAACCUUUCUCCAUGAAAAAAAAACCCUAGCUAGCAACCUAUCUUCUUUUUAAGUCUUUUUUUGCUGCUUAUGCUCAGUAGUAGAAGUAAUGAAAAUUAAUGUGUUUUGGGAUUUGGAGUGUAUUAUCCUUGGUUGGUUAUGGUUAUGCAUGAAUCUUGAAAUCUAUUCUCUAG